GCUCUGUAAGAACUAUGAGGGAAAAAGUUGGGGGAGGGAGAUUGAAGAGAUGAAAACACCUGUUCCUGCGGUGCUGUGGGGGGGAACAAAUGAGAAGUUUGUACUGCUGUCUCGCUCGUCGGAGCUCCAGCCAUGAUGUCACCUUGACCUGGUAAAACGGAGAGCUGGGAACAAUGUCGGCCCCCCAGGUCGUGGUGGUGAACUUCCAGUAUGAGUACACAGAUCGUGAUGGCAAUCAGGUUUCCAUCAAACCCAACGAGCGCUACAUGCUGGUGGCCAAGACCAACUACCACUGGUGGCAUGUGCGCAAAGAUGAGACCACCAAACCUUUCUUUGUCCCAGCCAAGUAUGUGACAGAGUUGCCUCCUGAGAACAACUGGGCACUCCCUGAGCCUCCAGAAGAGGAAGAUAAGCUGGGUCCUCCAAAGCCUUUCUCUGAAACAGAGCCUGCUGAUUCGAAGAAGACUUUGGAGGUUACCAUUAGAGACCCCACGACCAUCAAGAAAGACUCAGAGAAGGAUGGACACAGGAUCUCAACUUUUAUCAUCCCCCAAGAUCUUUAUGACUUUAGGUUAGGUGAGCCAGAGGCACCAGACCCUAAAGCUGAGCCGGAACCUGAACCUUGUGACUCAUACAAGGAUAUAACGCAGGCGGACGUAACCCAUGGAGGAACACCAACCUCUCUUCCACUUGAUGAGGAUGAAAGCCCGUAUGCCAUCUCUCCACCGCACUUUUCUACCACCAGUUCACAGGGCAAAGAAGCAGAACCCAGCUCAGCUGGCAGCAAGACCCAGUCACCUAAGAGCCCUCUGCUGGAACUAAAAGAAGAUAUUCACAUGCUUAAAAGGGCCGGUUGGGAUCUGAAAAUAUGGGACAAUAUGUAUGAGUCAAUAGAUGAUCAGGAAGUGGUGAAGGAAACUAAAGACAUUGAGGCAGAACUGACACCAGGCUCUCCUGUUUCUCCUUCAACUCCUUUCACUACAAAAGAGCAGACUCCUGGAUCUCCUCCUGACAAGCCAGAUUCACUCCCAAACAAGGAGGAGGAUGACAACCUGUCGGCCGUGUACGUGAACGUCCCCAGGACACGGCGGAGCAUCUCCGACUUACCCAUCUCCUCCGCUUCGGCGCUCUCCUCCUCCUGGGGCGUCCCGGACACUCCAGACUUUCCUCCUGACCUCCCCGACGCUCUUCGCCUGGGCUCCGAGGGAUGGGAGAUCCACACUGACCAGGACAGUGGUCAGCAGUACUAUUACCAGCCCAGCACAGGCCGUAGCACCUGGGACUACCCACUCAGCCCCUUAAUGGAAUCUGACGUGGGGACGGAGGAUCCUCUUAUCUCACCCUCCCAGUCUCCAGCCUGUUCGCCCCCAGGCCCCUCCCCGCCAAGAUGGAGCUCGGACUGGGAGAGGGUGCUGGACGAGAGCAGCGGCAGACACUACUACUUCAACCCCGUCUCCGGAGAGAGCUCCUGGGACCUGCCGGACGAGCUGCGGGACAGUGGUCCGCCUCCGCUCCCUGAGGAAGACUAUCCUGCUGAAGAUUUCAUCCCAGUGUCUCCAGACCAGGAGGAUGUCGCAUCUUUCCCCUUUCCCCUCACAUCAGAGUACUCUGUCGCUCACAUGAAAAAACCAGCCAUUCCCAGAGCAUGCCUGGACCGCAGUACCCCAGCAGGCUGGACCCUCAACAUAGACCCUGACGGAGCCUGGGUGUUCACCAGUGAACACACUCAGGAGCAGUGGAUCAAGUCUCUGGACGAUCAGGGACAGACGUACUACUACCUGAGAGAUGGCUCCAGAUCCCAGUGGACCUUACCUGAGCUCUCUGCCGGUCUGGGUCAGUGUAGAGUGGGGAAUGGAGGGAUGAUGAAUCAGGAUGGCGUGAUGAGGAGCUGGAGGAACAGCACAGGAUCUCAGGAUGAGAAGCUCCCUCUAAGCCAUCGCCGGAAUGCUUCGGACAGUGAUGCGUCCAGCUCCCCUGAAAUGCCCCAUAACACUUCGCCUCUGAAAGCUGGUGUGACUGAGCCCGAGAAGAACCUGCCCAAUCAAAGCUCAGCAGCUCAGCAACAGAGAGUGUCCAAUUUGGAGAAAGCUGGGAUCCUCAACAGGACCAAGAUCUGUGAGAAUGGGAAGAAAGUGAGAAAGAACUGGGCUCUAUCAUGGACCGUUCUUCACGGGGGGAUUCUAACAUUCCACAAGGACCCAAAGUCCACCCCAGCAGGAGCAGCGGGCAAGACCAGUCAGUUCGUCCCUGAAUUCACUGUGGAUUUGAAAGGAGCGAAUAUCAGCUGGGCGCCGAAGGAAAAGUCUAGCAAGAAGAAUGUGCUGGAGCUGAAAAGUCGGGCCGGCGCUGAGUUCCUGCUUCAGUAUGACACUGAAAGCAUCAUCACUGACUGGCACAAAGUCAUCACAGACACCAUCAGACAGCUGGACCUAGAGCAACACCACUCAGAUGAUGAAGAGGAGAUCAGUGAGAAGUCCUCCAGCACAGACAAAGAAGACAGAUCAGCCGGCUCCAUAGAUAAGAGAAGAAUGAGUAAUGCAGGCAGACAGCUAUCGUCUAAUUCCACCUCUGAAGCCGACCAGAAGAAGGUGCGCAACAAACUGCGCAAGUUUCUCCUCAAGAGGCCGACUUUACAGUCCGUCAAGGAGAAGGGCUACAUCAGAGAAAACGUGUUUGGCUGUCACCUCCACAAUCUGUGCGCCCAGGAGAAAACGACAGUACCCAGUUUUGUGGAGAAGUGCAUCCGGACGGUUGAGAAAAGAGGUUUGGGGAUCGAUGGAAUCUACAGAGUCAGUGGGAACUUGGCUGUUAUUCAGAAACUGCGCUUCAAGGCUGAUCAUGCGGAGGAUCUAAACCUGGAGGAGGGAAACUGGGACAUUCACGUCAUCACAGGAGCGCUGAAGCUGUUCUUCAGAGAACUGCAGGAGCCUCUGUUUCCUUACAGUCACUUCAACAGAUUUGUGCAAGGCAUCAAAAUCCCAGACUACCACAGUAGAGUGUCCUAUAUGAGUGAUCUGGUGAAGUCUUUACCGCCACCCAAUCAGGACACUAUGGAAGCGCUGUUCAGCCAUUUAAGGAAAGUCAUCGAGCAUGGAGAAGAGAACAGGAUGACCGUUCAGAACGUGGCCAUCGUCUUCGGCCCAACGUUGCUCAAGCCUGAAGUGGAGUCGCCGAACAUAACCAUGUACAUGGUCUUCCAGAACCAGAUCAUUGAGUUCAUCCUCAAUGAAUUUGAGACCAUCUUCCACAUGUGAACGCCUGAAUCUGUAGGUCAAAAGAUCCACGGUCGUGUCAAAUGACUCGAAAAGCAAGUGAUAUCUUCUCCAGGUUUAAACUGAUCUUUUCCUGCUAGUCUUAGACAAGCUUACCAGAUAUGCUAAUGUCGCUAAUGAAGAGUGGAAGCUAGUACAGCCGAGUUAGCACUAUGCAAACGCUAUCUUGCUAACUUGCCUCUUGCAGGCUUUCAUUUGCUGUUAGCUACGUUAGCAUUUUAUGGGUAAAGUAUUCCUUUAUCCAUGUUAAGAAAGCACAAUGCCUCUCACUGAAGAUGGCUUGGAUAUUGGCUGUGAGAUGCUGGCAGAAGAACUUUGCUUCGAUAAAAAUCUAGCUCUCAUCAUUAGAUAUGAAACAUUAGAAGAGGAUGCGGAGAGAUGUAAAUAGAAGAUAGAAUAUUAAUAUAAAUAGUCAACUGGAAGAUGUAGUUGAUGUUUCUGUUACUGAUACUCAGGCUGUUGUCAGAUAUGGUCCGCUCUUUUUUGCCCAGCAGUUUGAGUCUAGUUCAUAAAUAUGGGGAAGGAAAGUGCAGAAGUGUGCCAUCUGCUGGUUGUGUGCAAAGCCUUUUUAAUCACCGUUCAUUUCUCCAUAAGGAAAGUUUUAAUGGCAGAUGAGAAAUCUUUUUGUGAACUUUUGUGAAACAAUACGUUUUUGACCUGAAAAGCACAAUGCAAUACAAUAGCAAUGUAAUCUUUUGCUAAGCCAUAUUACAGUAAAGAUAGAAACUAAACUACAAAAUUCAUAAGUCGGUGCUGGCGCCGCUUCACAGGAUGUGUGGUGUGGAUCUCAUGUGCCAUCUGAACAUAUUACCCCAGAAGAAUCAGCCAAGACAUGCUUUGUGUCCAAAUUUUGCUUAGUGCUGGCGCUACAAGGCAAAUGUUGCUAAAAGAAGACUUGACUAGAAGUCAAUAGUCACCCAAAUCUUUUCUA